AAAUCAAAUACAUGAUUUUUUUUCACUUGUUUACCUUAGUCUUGUGGCUAUCUAAUUAAAUUUAAAUGCAUAUUUUUAUUUGAUAUAAGGGGCAAAUUACAAGCAUUUGCUUGAUUCCGACACUGCAACUGAUGCUGGGGGAAAUGAAAACCACAGAGAAAUGAGACCAUAUUCUGUUGUCAGGAGGGAAACAUAAAAGAUUAUCUCAAAUGAAAGACUUCAUGUAUCUCAUUACAAUUUCUGUUAGUUUGCCAUGAAAAAAUCACGUUAAAUGAAAUCAAACUAAACAUCUGAUGAAAAUGUUGCAGGUUGAAUUUUUCAGUAAUCUGGAAACAAACCAGCUGUUUUUGGUUUUCUUCAUGUUUUUCUUAAGCGCAAUAUAUCUUUGGAGAAAAACACAUAAUGGAUUUCCACCCGGACCAUUUCCAUGGCCCAUCAUUGGAAAUCCUAUCUUGUUCCAAGGAAAACACCACAUCCGAUUAACAAAUUUGAAAAAUAAAUAUGGGGAUAUAUUUAGCCUUAAAGCUGGGAAAAAUAGAAUUGUGUUUGUUUGCUCAUUGGAUGGUGUGAUUAAUGGGUUGAACCAAUCAGAUGACACAUUUGAUGACCGACCAAACCUACCAUCUUUUCAUUGGUUGUUCCAUGGUUGCAGACAAAAAGGUUUGGGAACUGCAGAUUUUGACGAAAAAACAUCAAUAAAGAAAAAGUUCAUCAUAGACUGUCUAGGAAGUUAUUGUUCCGUAGACACAAACAUUGAAGAAAAGAUAACUACAGAGGCAGUUAAUCUCUUAUGUUAUUUUCUUAAACAAGAAGAAGAAUUUGACCCAAAAGAAUCGUUCCAAUUUGCUCAUUUGCAUAUUAUGAUGACAUUGGUCUUCCAUCAAACACAAGACCAAGCUAUACAGGAUGUUUAUAAAUCACUUAAAACGCGAUCAGAUGCAAAGAAAGUCUUUAGUCCUAAUAAUUUCUUUCCAUUUUUACAUUCUUUUUAUAAAGACGAUUUUCAAAGUACUGUUGAAAGAACUGAACUUCAGAUGGCGUUUCAAAGAGACAUGCUUAAUCAUCAUAAAGAUACAUACAGUCCACAUCGACUCCGCGACAUUGUAGAUCACUUACUCUUGUUUAUAGAAAGUGACGAGGAUCACGGCCUUAUUGAUUGUGAUGAUAUAGAGUACCUCCUUAUGGAGAUAUUUGAGUCAGGAUUUUCAGCAGUGCCAGCCAUCCUACAGUGGCUCAUUGGUUACAUGGUGGCAUUCCCAGAUUGCCAAAAACUAGUUCAGAGAGAACUAGAUGAAGUUGUUGGUAGAGAGAGAUUUCCGUCCUUAGUCAAUCAGCCAUAUUUACCUUUCACUAUGGCCGUUAUUUUAGAGGUCCAGAGAAUCGUUACUGUAUUCCCCUUCCUUCAGCCCCACAGAACAACAAAGCACUGUGUAUUUCAAGGUUUUGAUAUACCAGAGGAUACAAUAAUGAUGUUUAACAUUUGGAGCAUUCAUCAUGACAAGAGAUACUGGAAAAAUCCAAUGAGAUUUGACCCACACAGGUUCCUUGAUGACAAACAGAAUCUUGUCAUACCAGAUCAGUAUAUGCCAUUUGGUGCUGGUAAGAGGAGUUGUCCUGGAGAGACUCUUGUGGAUGUUGAGAUAUUCCUCUUCUUUACUUACAUUAUGCAUCAAGUUACAGUAACAGCUGCAGAGAAUGGACAGGUGUUUAAACUGGAGUCUGAAUUUGAUGAAAUAGUUCAUCCUAAGCCAUUUAAAGUAUUUGUGCAAUCUAGGGUUGUUGACUGAAGAAGCUAUGAACACUGUUGUUUCACUAUACAUGUUUUUUUCUUUAAUAGUAAUUAGCAUUUUUGUAGGUCAAAACAAUCUUCUUAAAAGAACAUGACAAAAUACAGUAACUUUG